GCGCGCCGCCGGGUCGGAGACGCGCAUCUGGCUGCUCCGGCCACCAGGCGGAGGCAGGCGGGGUGCACGUGCGACAAUGGCCAGGCGGCUCGGCGGCGAAGCGGACUGAGGAGCCGGCGAGCGUUGCGGCUCCAGCAUGGGCGGCCGCCUGCUACACUUGCUCCUCGCCUUCUUCGCCGCUCUCCUGCAGCACGGCGACUGCAGCUGGUGGAAGUGGCCUUGUGACUAUGAACUGGUUGGCCCCCUCUAUGCUUGGAAUCUCGGUGCAUCCUCUCGGUCCAGCAUCUUCCGUGCUGCCACUUUUGCCCGGCUUUAUGGUGCUGGGGGCUGGUCACCAGACCCACAAGACAAACAUCCCUGGCUGCAGAUUGACUUGACAAAGAAAUGCCACAUCAAAGCCAUUGCUACUCAGGGGACCUUCAACACCUACAACUGGGUGACACGCUACAUCGUGCUCUAUGGUGACCAUCCCAGCAACUGGAAACCUUAUUUCCAACAGGGGAGCAAUUGGACAUUUUUUGGCAACGUGAACGAGAGUGGUGUGGUCCUCCAUAAACUACAUUACCCCAUAUUGGCUCGUUACCUCCGCAUCAUUCCUGUGGCUUGGAAUCCACAUGGCACCAUUGGCUUACGGGUGGGCCUUUAUGGCUGCUAUUACCAGUCUGAUGUUCUAUAUUUUGAUGGUGAUGAUGCCAUUUCCUACAAGUUCCGUACCAAAACUGUCCGAACCACCCAAGAUAUCAUUGGGUUCAACUUCAAGACGAUGGAGCGCGAGGGCAUUUUAAUGCAUACGCAGGGAUCCCAGGGCGAUUACAUCAGUGUGGAGCUGCGGCAGGCCCAGCUGGUUCUUAGCAUGAGCCUUGGCAACAGCUCACUCAACACCAGUGGAGGGGAGACGAUAAUGAAACUGGGAAGCCUCCUGGAUGAUCAGCAUUGGCACCAAUUUCGCCUUGACCGCUACAGACAAUUUGUUAAUUUCAGCCUGGAUGGGGAAGUGCUGCGGUUCCGACUCAAUGGGGCAUUUGAGCAGCUUGACCUGGACACAGAGAUCUUCUUUGGCGGAGUGAUGAAUCACGAGAAACAGCGUCUUGUCUAUCGACCAAACUUCCGUGGCUGCAUGGAAAACAUUGCCUACAACCUGGUCUAUAUAACUGACUUGGCGAAACGUCGUAGUCGCUCCAUCCGAUUCGAGGGCCAUGUGCGUGAUUACUGUCGGGACAACCUCUUGUUCCCCUUCACUUUUGCUGGGGUCAGCAACUUCUUGCAAGUGCCAGGAUAUCCCCGGCGCAACUUGCUGGCAGUCAGCUUCCAAUUCCGCACAUGGGACGUAGUGGGGUUGCUUCUCUACACGCCCUUUGCUGAUGACCUGGGCUGGCUUGAGAUGGUGCUAAGUGAUGGGCAAAUCAACGUAACCAUUGCUCAGCCAAAAGUCAAAAUUAAAACCAAGAAACUGGAGUUUGCAGCAGGGUACCGUCUGAAUGAUGGCUUCUGGCAUUCCGUGUCCUUGAUAGUGCGCGAAACUUCGGCCGUCAUCACCAUUGAUGACCAGAAUGAUGCCAGCUUCCGUGUUGACCGAGACAUUCAGCUGCGCACAGGGAACCAGUACUUCUUUGGAGGCUGCCCUAAGCCAGCUUCACGUACUGGCUGCCUUUCCAACCAAACGGCCUUCCACGGAUGCAUGCAGCAGCUCAGUGUGGACCGGCAGCCCAUCGAGUUAGACAUGGUUCGCCUGAAUCGGCUUGGCAAAUACUUUGAAGUGUACUUCAAUGUGUGUGGUAUCACUGAUAGGUGUACCCCCAACCUCUGUGAACAUGACAGUCGCUGCAUACAGUCCUGGGAUGACUUCACAUGCAUCUGUGACUUAACGGGUUACAAGGGGGAGACCUGCCACAAACCCAUUUACAAGGAAAGCUGUGAGGCCUAUCGACUUAUUGGCAAACCAUCUGGCAACUACACCAUUGACCCUGAUGGCAGUGGGCCUCUGAAGCCUUUCUACGUCUACUGUGACAUGCGAGCGGAUCGGGCGUGGACCAUAGUACGGCACAAUCGAUACUGGGCCACACGAGUGACAGGUUAUAGUCCCGAAAAGCCCUUCCUGGGCUCUGUUGACUACUGGAAUGCGUCGUGGGGUGAGGUGUCGGCACUGGCAAAUGCCUCUGAAUAUUGUGAGCAGCGGAUCGAGUUCCACUGUUACCUCUCCCGCCUGCUCAACACCCAGACUGGGAUGCCAUUGAGCUUUUGGAUGGGCCGAAAUGCGGAGCGCCAUUACUACUGGGGGGGCUCCCCACCAGGGCUGGGGCGCUGCGCUUGUGGUAUGGAUAAGAACUGUGCUGAUCCCCGUUUCUACUGUAACUGUGAUGCUGAUCAUUUUAUGUGGCGGACAGAUAAGGGACUGCUGAAUUUUGUAGACCAUCUUCCAGUCACACAGGUUGUGGUGACUGACACAAACCGCACUGGGUCAGCAGCUGAGUUCCUGCUGGGCCCAUUGCGUUGCUAUGGAGAUCGCAACUCCUGGAAUACAGUCUCUUUCAUCAGGGGAGUAGCCUUGCUCUUCCCCACCUUCAAAGUAAACUACAGUCUUGAUAUCAGCUUCUUCUUCAAGACUUCUGCCCCAUCAGGCACUUUUCUUGAGAACGUGGGCAACUGGAACUAUCUAUAUGAGAGGCACCACAUCCGCAUAGAACUCAACACAACCCAAGACAUAGUUUUCCGCUACAACAUUGGAAAUGGUGAUGAGAAUUUGACCAUGCACUCGGAGAUACCUUUCAAUGACAACGAGUGGCACGAAGUCAAGGCAGAGCUCAACGUCAAGCUGGCCCGAUUGCGGGUUGACCGGAUGCCCUGGGUAGUGCGUGCAGCCCCACCUCAGAGCUUCAUUCACCUGAAUCUCACAAAACCACUCUACGUGGGUGCUGCUGAAUACUCCCUGUAUCCUUUCCUGGGCUGUUUGCGAGGCCUGCGUAUGAACGGAGUGACUCUCAACCUGGAGGGGAAGGCCAAUGAGACAGAGGGAGUGCUGGUGAACUGCACUGGGCAUUGCCGGAACCCCUUGGUGCCAUGCCAGAACCACGGCACCUGUGUGGAGCACUACAACCACUAUACCUGCAACUGCACUGUCUCUGCUUAUGAAGGACCUUUCUGCAACCAUGACAUUGGUGCCUACUUUCAGCCAGGCACCUGGGUGCGCUACGACAUCAUGACAGUGCCCUUGUACGUGGUACGGGAGUUUGCCAACAUAGUCCAUCAACCACUUCAGCCACUCCCUGGCUACAAUCUGACUGGCGAGGAAGUAGGGCUCAGCUUCCGCACCUCUUCAUCCCCUGCUGUUCUGCUCUACGUCAGCACCUUUGUGCGUGAUUACAUGGCAAUUUUGAUCCGCGAGGAUGGCAUCCUUCAGCUACGUUACCAACUGGGCACCCAGCCUUACAUCUUGCCCCUGAGCACACGCUCAGUGGCUGAUGGGCAACCUCACCGCAUCAAUGUCACCCGCGUGAAUCGAACUUUGUAUGCACAGCUGGAUUAUUACCCUAUCAUAGUGCAACGGUUUUCCCUUUUUGUGGACAGCAAACUGGACUCUCCAAAAGCACUCUAUCUUGGCCGUUUUAUGGAGACGGGUGUGAUCGACCCCGACAUCCAGAGGUACAACACGCCAGGUUUCACAGGUUGCCUCUCAGGGGUGAAAUUUAACAGUAUAGUGCCACUGAAAACCAUCUUCCGGCCCAGUGGCAACAAUCCCAUCAUCCCCUACAGCAUCAAGGGGCGGCUGGUGGAGUCCAACUGUGCCUCUGUGCCUUCCAGUUAUAUUGAAGUGCCCCCGGAACUGGAUCCCUGGUACAUAGACCCAGUGCACUUCCUGUACAUCCAUGACGAUGGAUGGGUUGCAAUCAUUAUUGGAGUUGUUGUUUUCCUGCUGCUGCUCCUGGCGGCUGCCCUCAUCUUGAUGUACCUGCACCAUCACUGCUACAAAGGCUCCUAUCUCACCAAUGAGCCCAAGGCCAUCCAAGACUACAACAACAGUGAGGGGGGUGGCGGCGGCAGCGGUGGUGGUGGCAGCAGCAGUGGCGGCAGAGCUGCUUCCACUUCUGCUGCCAAGCCAGUGGCCUCGCGGAAGGAUCAAAACUUGCCACAGAUCCUGGAAGAGUCCAAGACAGAAUAGCCAAGUGGAACUGGGAGGCUGAAUCCUCCAGUCAUCAGUCUGGUUUGAAUUCCAACACAGCCUCCAGGCAAGAGCAAUCCUAAACUGCCAACUGUGUUCCUUGCUGGGAGGCCAGCGUCUUCCUCCCCACAGCGUGGUGGUCAGCCUGGUACUUUGCCUCGUCUCUCGCCUGCACACCCUGUGAGGAAUGUUGCUGCAUCUUCCAGUUGGACUCAGUACCAGCUGACAGGUGUCCAGUCAAAAUAACCCCCCCAACACCCCCCCCCUUUUGGAAUAACCUGGUCUCCCACCAGUCCCAUUCCUCAUCCCUUGAGGGGAUCAGGUUGGUGCCUAAGCAGCUGCCAAAAUGAUGCCUGGUUUUCCACAGGUGUGAACCCUCCUCCUCCUCCUCCUCCCUCCCACGACCCGGCCACUCCUUUCUGCACCACUCUGUUUUCUGUUUUGAACUGUGUGGUUUCUUCUUUCAACCAAGAUGGGGGUGGCAGAGGCGACAUGCAGCAGGCACUGUCAAGUAACUCCACCUCCAGUUUCUGUUGGGACUCUUUCGCAGCCAAACUCCAGAGCACCUUCUAAUUUGAAGAUAGACAUAAUGACUGUCAAUAUUGCACUUUUUUUUUUUUAAGGAACAAGGGAAAAUGCAACGCAGAACCCAGGCCGGCCUUCUCACGUGUGACUUGCUAGCACAUAGUCUUCCUGCUUAAUUGCUUAGCGCAAAAAAAAAAAAAGCCAUUAGUUGAGCCAUGCAGUAUCGCAUACUUAGGAGCUGGCACAUUAUAUUGUGCCCUGAGAGAAAACAAUGUGCAAUAUAGGUAUCUGCCUGCCAGUAUAUACGUGCAGCUGCAGCGCAUGGAAGAAUCACUCGCACUUUGCUAUCACUUGCUGCUUUCGUAAAUCAGGGUUUUGAGAAUUUUAAAUUCUACCUUUUUUCCUUUUCUUUUUUGGUUGUGGGUUAUUGAAUUAGACAAAACUAGUUUUUUUAUUCUAUCAGUUUGUAUAAAAAAACACAAAAGCAGAAGAAAUGUAAAUUGUCUGAUGUUCUGUUUUAAAGUGAAAUGUUGUCUGUGGUCUGUAGUUUGCUACUUCCGGGUCGGAGGUUUUGCUCUUCAUAACUUCCAACCCUCUUGUCCUCUCUCCACUUUGAAAGCUCAAUGUUCACUUGUGCAUUGUAAGAAGAUGCUGUAGCAGGGGCCAAAUGCAUUUAUUUUAUCCAGAAGCCUGGGCGCACUCCUGGGCAGUUUAUUUUUUCUAAUGAGCUGUUUGGUUGAACAAAAUAUGAAGGUUACCUAAAUAAAAACAAAAGGCAGGGUGA